UUAGAAGCGUGACUUUUGAUUGGCUUCGCGGGACUGUAGCUCGAAGCCCGCGGUUUACAAAAAGAAAACUCUCACUGCGCACACAGUGAAAUAGCAGCAUUAAAACCUUAUUUUUCUCCCUACCUAAGAUGCUAGAAUCGUGCCAGUGGUGUCGGCGAAACUGUCAACAUUAACUCGGAAUAAAGUCGUCCAAUAUUGCUGAGGCAAACCUACUAUUUCAGAAGCGAAACGGCACGGGAGCGUUUUGUUGUUUGUAGCAUCGACGUUAGCAAAUGGCUAGUUAGCAACGGAGGUAACGUUACCUUGUCAACUGGCGUCAACUGAAACUGUUGUUGCCCGUCCAGCUAGGAAACAAAAGCCGAGCACGUCCUUUCUACGACUUGAGCUGGAUCACCAACAACAAUGUCCACCAAGGCUCGUUUCGGCGUGAGCCAAAGCAGCAGGAGUAAAGGAGACACUAUUUGUGUGGUGCCCGACCUGUCCUCCGAUCUCCUGGAGGAUGACUUCGACCUGAAUAAGUCCUAUCCGUGUACUCAGAGACCGCUGUACAAGAAGAGCAUCUUUGCACUGCAGCGUCGUUAUUAUCCAGGUUCCCUGACAGGUGGACAUUGGGAUGUUUGCAGUUCUGUCGCAGCAAGAAACUGCCAGAUCUCUAGCUUGCAUCCUGCCUCCCAAGUUUCUGCUGGGUCCUUGCCGCACCUGCCCACCUUGUCAGAGACGGAGGAAAGCCUGUUCAGUCAGGUGAUCUCUGGAGAUUUCGGCCUGUCGGGAUCUCCGUCUGCCCUCAACCCAAACAAAGUCAUUUUUACCGUCGACCAUAAAACCAGAGAGAUUUUGUCAGCAAACAAACAGGCAUGUAAACUGUUUGAGUGCACCGCCAAUGAGCUGAUUGGAAAAAAGCUGACCUGUAUCUUGAAGAAAACCAGUCAGGUCCUGGAAAAAGCACUGGAAGAAGAUUUUCUACUUGUGGAUGGAACUGUAGCAGUCGUCUCUGGGAAAGUGGUGGAUGUUGUGACAUUAUCUGGAGAGGUGCCAGUGUCAGUGUGUACAUACAGACAGUCACAAAAUGAAGAACACUGGCUUGUCAUGAUGGAAAAUGUGGAAAGGGUAUCAGCCUUCCUGUCCUUUUCACAAGAUGGUGUCGUCCUAACCUGUGACUUGGCAUUUGCCCGUCUCCAUGGAUACCACCACCCUGACGAGUUAAAAGGAGUGUCUGUUAAGGAGCUAAUCCCUUCUUUACAAAUCCCUCUCCGCAGUAAUGCAUUGCCAAAAAUGCUGAGGGUUCAGAGAGUAUGUGGUAAAAGUAGAAGUGGUGCAUCAGUCCCGCUGUGUAUCAAACUUCAGGGAGCAGUGGUAUGUGGCAGGCCCCAACACCAAAACAAUGGGACCGGUUGCACCUGCCCAACAGAGAGUCUUGAAAGAUCAGAAGCACAGGACAAGCAGCCAUGCUCUCCUCCCACCUUCUCUGUGUGCAAAUCUGUUGGCUCAAACUCUGAACAUUGUGAGCAACCUCAUGGAAAAAAGCCAUCCUCUGAAGUCAAAGUGGACAGCAUUGUCCUCUCCCCCACCCCUGAACUGGAAUACUCUGGAACAGUUUGGGUGUUUGCUCCCCUCAGUGGUCUCCUCCUGCUCCACCCUGAUGGCUCAAUCUACAGCAUCCACAACCACCUGGCCCUCAGCCUGUUUGGCUACAACAAGGACGAGCUGCUGAGAAAGAGUGUCACUUUUCUGAUGCCCGGUUUCUAUGGAUGGAUGUCUGACUCAGACAGAAAAAACGUCUCUUUCUCUGAUUCUCAAGCAGAGGCUAGUAAAAGUGCAGCCUCAUCCGAAAUGUCAAGAAAAUCUGAUCCUUCAUCACUGGUGGCUGGUGACAUGGCCACGGUGCAUCACGCCGCCCUUGGAAGAACCUCCACAGGUAGAGGCAGGAUCUUCACUGGAACCAGCACCAGGCUGGAGAAACAGGGCAGCGCUCUGUCUACCCUUUCUCCUCCUGCCGUUACCUCCACGCGUGUGGUUAUGGGCGAUGACACUACAGAGCUGAUGACAGAGGCAGCCCGGGUUGCUCUCUCCCACAGCCAGCUAGACAGUGCAGAUACCACUCAGGCACUCCUCAGGACAUUUGCUUGGGUGGAACCUCCAGAUGAAGACACCUUCUGCCUGGUUUCCACUGGCUCACCCCACCAUAACCAAGAGCAGCAGCUCACCAGUAGGGUUCAUGAAAAUGAUCAACCUGCCAUAAAGAUUGUCCCAAAAACUCACGCUCAGAAUGGAAAUGCUGUUGACAUGGUGGGUGGAACCUCCCCAGAUGUAGGCAAAGACCGCCGCUCAUGUGCCUCUGUCCUCCAAGAUUCCAGCUUUGAAGUCAUUUCACUGGAGAGCAGGUCUUCCUCUGGCUUCUGUGAAAAGUUUGCUGGCCAUGGUGCUUCUGAUCCAGGCCAGAUGGAGGACUCUCGCUCAGCACACAUAGUGGACUCAGCCAGCUGUUUCCUGGACCUUAACAGCAAUGGUGAUUUGGUGACCCGGGCCCUGGCUGACCUAGAUCUGAGCGGCAGUAUAGAGCUGCUCAGCGGCGGAGGGUACAACGAUGAUAACCAACACUCCAUGACAUCCUGCGAUACAGCUGAGCUUCUCCGUACACCCUCCCCAUGCGUGGUAGGGUCUGACCUGGAAGCAGAGCCUGUUGGUGCUGGGAAUACUGGUGCAGAGGCGAGAGAUGGCACAAGUGAAGAGCAAGAAGAAAAACAACAGGGUGAGCAGAAUCAGUGGGCAGCUAUCUCUUCAAUUCAUAAAGACAAGAGCCAAGAGUCCUGCGUGAACGGUGGGAUUCAGUCAAUGACGGACAUUCCUGCCACAUCCACUCCGAAAAAACAGAAGGUGAAUGGACACAUGCUGUCCUCAGGCGGUACAGAAAUACUGGAGGGGCGAUAUGAAGGAAGUGGGUACCACAGAGAUGGCACCAGAGUAGACGUGCAGUGUGACGUGUGCAGAACUAACCUCCCUGAUGGAAGCUCCAUGUUCUGCGUGUGGAUAAGUAGGCCUGGACAACACGGGACACUGAUGCAAACAGAUCGAUCGCUGCACAACCAAUCAGAAACUAGUCUAGGAGAGAGGAUUGGUGAAGCCAGUCAUGGGGAGGCAUUACGCUCCACCAUGGACCUGGAGCACUCUCGAGCCUGUGAUGGGCAGUUUGAAGAGGAGUACCAGCCUCUUAAAGCUGUGGGUAAAGGAGCCUUUGGUUUUGUCUGGAAGGCAAUAAGGCGCACUGACGGACAAGAAGUGGUAGUGAAGUUCAUUAGCAAGGCCAGGAUAGUGAGUGACUGUUGGAUAGAUGACCCUAUGCUGGGACGAGUCAGCCAGGAGAUUGCUAUACUGACACGAGUACAGCACCACAACAUUGUCAAGGUGCUGGAGGUGUUUGAGAAUGGGAGUUACUUCCAGAUGGUGAUGGAGAAACAUGGAGAUGGCUUGGACCUUUUUGAAUUUAUAGACAUGCAGCCAAGGCUGGACGAGCCUUUGGCCAGCUACAUCUUUAGACAGCUGGUGGCCGCUGUCUUCUAUUUGAGGACGAAGAGCAUCCUUCACAGGGACAUAAAAGACGAGAACAUCAUCAUUGACAAAUGUUUCCACAUUCGACUGAUAGACUUUGGCUCUGCUGCCAUGAUGGCUCCCAACAAGCUCUUUUACAAUUUCUGUGGCACACUGGAGUACUGCUCCCCGGAGGUGCUUCAGGGAAAUCCCUAUGAAGGUCCAGAGCUGGAGAUGUGGUCUCUUGGUGUGUUGCUCUACACUUUGCUAUUCAGUGAGAACCCUUUCUGCGGUGUGGAGGAGAUUCUCAACGCCAAACUAAAGCCCCCGUUCUCCCUCUCACCAGAGCUGCAUGGUGUGCUGUGUGGACUGUUGCACCCUGAUCCCGCUCAGAGAACGACUCUGGACCAGCUGCUGCUAGAGUCCUGGAUCAGUCAGCCCAUUUCCCUGGCAGAGUACAGCUGGACAGAGGUGGUCCCCGCAACUCAAAACUACUGUUCACCGCAGUACCAGGAGUCCAGUCCUAAAGUGUAUCUCGGGCAGGGCUUGUUCCCAGAUCAGUGUGAUGACACGCUUCCUGAUGAUGAUGAGGAAGAAGGAGAUGAGGAUGACAGGUUGUCAAUGCAGGCCCUGGAAACAGAGCUUCAGAAGUAUCUCCACGAAGAUUAAAGACUGAAUUUAAAGGGAGUGGAGCCCGACCAUCCGUCCAACAUUUAGUCUGCAGCAGUGCAAAGAAGAAAAAAAGGGAAGCUUGGUCGUCAUCAAACACUACUUCGUUUAGAGACGAAAGACAAGGGUUGUGUGUACACAGUUUGCCACCAAGUGUAAUGAAUAUAUCAUUGACAAGCUGUUUGUUGUUGGUCAAAAUGUGCUUGUUGACAUAUUAUGGGUUCCUGGGUGCAACACAGGAAAGCAAAGGCAUCAUCAAGUACCAACAGUUUUUGCUUUUAUUUAAUCUAUCUUUUAUUUAUUCUUUGGAUUUAGGGACAAAUUUGAACAUUACAAAUCACAGUGAUGUUUCAUGAUCCAGCUUUGCUGCAAAAAACACACGUGAUCACUUCCUCAGAAAUCACACAAAGAACUUUGAUUGAAGUCGAAGGGAGUCGAAUAAAUGUCGUUUUUAUGUUUGUGAUUUUAAUAUGUAAUGUUUUAAUUAAAAAAUGUAAGUGUAUUUACAAUAUUUUAUCUAUUUAUUUUCAUACAUUAAUAAAUAUUUUACCACAAACACUUCCUUUUUUAUGCAAACAUUGUAAAUUUGUUUGAAUUGUAUCUUCUUUAUGUAGCCAGUGAACACAAAUCAUUAAAUGGCAGCGCAAUUCAAUU